AUGUCUAAGAGAAGUGCUGAGGCCGAUGAGCAGACUGCUCUCAAGGCCGGUGAGCGGCCAAUUGCAGAGGUCCCCAUGGACGAAGCGGGGGAGUUCGAGGACGAGUUCGAGGACGAGUUCGAGAGUGAGGACGAGAUCCUAGAGGCUGGAGUCGAUGGUCGCCCAGAUGCUGAGCGCGAAGAAGAAGAAAAGGAAGCUAUGGAUAUGGACAAGGAAACCUUCAUUCCUGGACGGACAAAACUGGCACCUGGCGAGACGCUAUCCCCCGAUCCUUCUACCUACGACAUGCUUCACACACUCAGCACGCCCUGGCCUUGUCUUUCCUUCGACAUUGUCCGUGACACACUCGGUGACAACCGCAAGACGUACCCCGCCACUGUCUACGCUGUCACCGGUACACAAGCAGAGGGAGCCAAACAGAAGGAUAAUGAGCUGAUGGUCCUCAAGAUGAGUGGUCUCAGCAAGAUGGAGAAGGAGGGUGAAGAUUCAGAAAGCGACUCGGACGACGACGACAUGGGAGAGCCUAUCCUCGAGCACAAGUCGAUUCCUUUGGGCUCAACUACCAACCGCAUUCGCACCCACCAAACACCCUCUCAGUCCGGAGACUACUCCAAGCCUCCACAGACCUUGACCGCGACCAUGCUGGAGAACUCCCAGGUGGUUAUCCACGACGUUACCGCCCACCUUUCCAGCUUCGAUGUCCCCGGCACUGUCCUUCCUCCUUCAGCUUCCAAGCCUCUCUCCACCCUGCGCAUGCACAAGACCGAGGGUUAUGCGCUUGACUGGUCCCCUCUCCAGCCUCUCGGAAAGCUGUUGACCGGUGACAACGACGGAUUGAUUUACGCCACUACCCGCACCGAGGGCGGCGGCUGGGUCACCGACACCCGCCCAUUCACCGGCCACGCUUCCUCAAUUGAAGAACUGCAGUGGUCUCCGAACGAACGCAACGUUUUCGCAUCUGCCAGUAGCGACGGCAGUGUCAAGGUUUGGGAUGUGCGAUCCAAGUCGCGUAAGCCCGCUGUGGACGUUCAGGUGUCCAACACCGAUGUCAACGUCAUGACCUGGUCUAACCAGACCGCUCACCUUUUGGCAACCGGUGCUGAUGAUGGACAGUGGGCUGUUUGGGACUUGCGUCACUGGAAGCCCAAUGCCGCGGCGCCCUCUGCCCAGAUUACCUCCACCCCCGUUGCAUCAUUCGAUUUCCACAAGGAGCCUAUCACCAGUAUCGAAUGGCACCCCUCAGACGACAGUGUGGUGGCCGUUGGCUCGGCCGACAACACUGUCACCCUUUGGGAUCUGGCUGUCGAGCUAGACGACGAGGAGAGCCGCGCGGCCAAUAUGGCUGACAUUCCUUCGCAGCUUCUGUUCGUGCAUUAUAUGGAAUCUGUCAAGGAGGUCCACUGGCAGGCACAGAUGCCCGGUACGCUUAUGGCGACCGGUAGCAAUGGAUUCAGUGUUUUCAAGACCAUCAGUGUCUAG